AUGCAGAGGGGAUUCCGGCGGGUUUUCACUGUUUUAAGAGAGAAGAGCUGCGUAAGUUAUGCCAAAAUUGCUACGGUGAUUGGCGCUUGCGACGUUGAUCUAAUCAUCGUAAAAGCAACGGCUCCGGACGACUUACCGUUACCGGAGAAGUGCAUCCUGGAGCUGUUGAAAAUCUUCUCCAUUUCUCAAUCUUCCUUGCGAGCAUUUUCACUCGGCUUCACUCGCCGUUUUGGCAAGACUCGUUGCUGGCGUGUUGCUCUCAAGUGUCUACUUCUUUUUCACAGGCUGCUCAGGUCAGUCCCUGAGGAAAGCUCAUUUCGGUCGGAGCUACUUUGGGCUCGAUCUAACGGCCUGAUCACUCUCUACCCAUGUCGCUUCCGGGACGAUUCUUCUUCCUCGGCAUCUGAAGAAUACACCGCUUUUAUCAGGUCCUACGCUCAGCUCCUCGACGAAGCUCUCGAUUGCUUUGCGUUAGAUAGCAGGCCGGCAGAAGAUUACGAAGAAGACCAAGAACAAGAAGUACUGCCCGGUACUACUUUAUGUGAGAAGAUGAAGGAAGUCGGACGACUGCUUGUAGUUUUGCCACAGCUCCUGAGCCUCAUCGAUCGCGUAAUGGACUGCAGGCCUACAGCGGAGGCAGCACGAAGCUUUCUUGUCCGGUCAGCCAUGAAACACAUCAUUCGCGAUAGUUUCAGUUGUUACAUGAUGCUCCGAACGGAGAUAGUUGUGGUUUUGGACAAUCUUUUCCAAUUGCCAUACCGGAGUUGUAUGUCGGCGUUUGCUGUGUACAAGAAAGCGGCGGUCCAGGCAAAUCAGCUUUGUGAGUUUUACGAGUGGGGUAAGUGCAAAGGACUUUGUGGGUCUUACGAAUACCCUUUCGUUGAUCGGAUUCCACAUAUACAAAUCACAGCUCUCGAGAUUUUCUUCAAUGGAAUGUGGCAGAUGACGGAGUCCUCAUCCUCACCGGCAUCACGAUCAUCGUCAGAGUCAACUUUUACGGAUCAAGACGAUGUUGAAGAACAGGUGGUUUGGAGGGAGAUGGUGAAAAAUACUACUGCUAGCAAGUGGGAAAACUUUGAAGAAGAAGAAGAAGAAGAAGAAGAAGACCAUACUAAUUUGGUAAGAAAUUCUGGGCGGGAUGAGGAAGAGAUGGAGCCGUUGAUCAAGUUCGAAGAUGAUGAUGAUGAAAAGGUUGGAUGGGACUGGGAGGCUCUUUUAGAAGCUUCUGUGAAUGUGUACUCAUGCACUUCUCCAAAAGCCUUGUUGAACGAGUAUACUGAAAAUUGGAGGAGAAUUAAUGGACCAGGAGGAUAUGAGGCUAGUAAUAAUAGAUGGAAGAUGAUGCAGAUAUGCAAGCCCAAUGCCAUCAAUCCUUUCAGUCAGCCUCAUUGCAUGCCGAGUUCUUAUGGAUCACUUGAGAUUAACAACAUAUAUGUCCAUGGAUAUAACCAGAAUAAAUCAUUAAUGAUCAUGGACGCAUGA